AUGACGACUAAGAAGCUGCUCAUUGAAACACUGAACCAGUUGAGUCCAGAGGACUUUGCUGAGUUCAAGUCACACAUUGAUGUGAAGAAAGAUCUCCAACUCAUCUCAAAGAGUCGACUGAAAACAGCAAACACACAGGAUGUAGUGGAGCUGAUGGACGAGGCGUACAGGGGAGAGUGUGUGGAGGAGACCAGAAAGGCUUUAAUGAAGAUGAACAGGACUGAUCUGGUGCAGAGAUUAUCAGACAAACAGUUUCCUCCACUGAGCCAGAGAGUAGAAACGAUGGAGUCUCUUAUUGAGCUGCUUUUGGAAACACUGGCUGAUCUGAGUCGCAGCAAGCUUGAGAACUUUGAGCAGGUCUUCAGGAGGAAACCUGUCUUAAUGUUCCUGUUUAUGGAGACAGAGACAGACGUGCAGGACGUGGUGUUUUUGAUGGUGAGGACUUUUGGCCAACAGUCAUUGGAGAAGAUCGUGGAGGUUUUAAAGGAGAUGGAGAGGACUGAUCUGGCUCAGAGGCUGACAGACAGCAGCUCAGAAGCUCAAAACAAACACCUGGAUGAACAUCUGUCUGCACUGAUCCAUAAAGUUGCAACAAUGGCAGCUGUUACAGAUCUGCUUCUAGAAACACUGGAGGAUUUGAGUGAUCAGGAUCUCAUGGAGUUCAGGAGGUUCCUGCAGUUCACUCGUUUUCAGAAGAGUCUUCCACAAAUCAAACUGAGUAAUGACAGAAGAGAAAUAGUGAAUCUGAUGGUGGAUGAACUUGGUCAUCAGUCUGUGGAGGUGAUCAGGGAGGUUUUAACAGACAUGCAGAGAACUGAUCUGGUGCAGAGGCUGUCAGAGAGCAGCUCAGGACUCAAAGCUGCAGGAUCAUCAGCUGAAGGAUUUGAUGUGGAGGAAACAGAGAAAGAGAAACACUCUGAGGAUGAACGUUGGCCUGCACUGAUCCACAAAGUAGAAACGAUGGAGUCUGAUAUUGAGCUGCUGCUGGAAACUCUGGAUGCUCUGAAUUACCGGGAGUUAGAGGAGUUCAAGCAGAACUUGCCACAAACUCAUCACAAAUAUUACUCAGUCUUCUCAUGGAUGUGGUACAUGAGGACAGGCCUGCAGGACACAGUGUUUCUGAUGGUGCAGACUUACGGCCAACAGUCAGUGGAGAAGACCAUGGAGGUCUUAAAGGAGAUGGAGAGGACUGAUCUGGCUCAGAGGCUGUCAGACUGCAGCUCACUGCCUAGAAGUGGCAACAAUGGCAGCUGUUAA